AACUAAUCAUAUUUAAGACCCGAAAGAGGACGAAGUAAGCUUACCAGAACUGGACAUCUGCGCGGGGAUUUCCAUCUUUUUUUUUUAGUUUUAGUAUUUUUGGGUUUUAUUUUGUUUCACUUUUCGAGGAGAGGCAAGAAGGAUUGUCAAUACAAGAUCUGCACACACAAGACAUACACCAUGAAAGUACAGAGCGGACUUUGCAUCUGCGCGUUGGCCAUUGUGACGUUAUCGAUCGUAGCGGAAGCGACCUAUGACCUCCAGAGAUUACUAGGCCUUGACGCGGAAGACCAGUAUUUUAAACGAGACGGCACAGACCUGGACCAAGAAUUCGACGGAGAGUGGGAGGAUCUCCCUUUCAAAAGAGGGGUCGGCACCCAAAAGUUCAUUGCUUGUUUUCACCCUGGCCUACGGACGAAAUGUUUUUGCGAUAGAACGAAACCAAAAUACAGCAAGCACUAUUUCUAUUACUGUAGAGGUACCAGACGCCAUGGGAUGCUUCGUCCUGUCUGAGUAAAGUCUUUGAUUUCCUCGUCUUUGAUUUUUUCGAUCAUCAUUUUUGCAGCUUUUUGCUUUGCUACUUA